UGACUGACAUCUGGACUAUAAAAGAGGGGCAAAUUACGAUUGUCGUCAAAAGAACAGAAAUAGGAGAAAAACCAGACCCAUGUUUCAUUUUCCCUUUCAAGUGAGUUCGAACUCAAAAGGGGCAAGUGAAAUCAGUAGCAAUGUCUACUCUACAACAUACAGCUUUCAGGGGCUGCAGGUUUUUGUUCGAGGCAGCAAAAUCCACUACCCGAUCUCCCAAAGCAGUAUCUUCUUCUGCUUCCAAGAAAAAGGCUGCUGCUACAACCUCGAAAUCGUCGACAUCAGCAGGGAAACAGGGUCGUUCUCCUUCGGCUCGACCCACUGGUAUUCUUAAGGUAACCCCUGUUUCGCCCACACUUCAUAGCUUUCUUGGAGUUCCUAAGACUUCUCGCGGCGAUGCUGUCAAGAAAAUCUGGGAUUACAUCAAACUCCACAAUCUUCAGGACCCCAUGAAUAAGAGGGAAAUCAUUUGCGAUCACAAGCUCAAGAUACUAUUUGGAGGGAAGGACAAAGUGGGGUUUCUAGAGAUCUCCAAGUUGCUCUCUGUUCAUUUCGUGAAGCCUAACUGAAGUAGUCGUCAAAUCAUCCAUGUUUGACUCUUGAUAUUGUACAUAAACUACUUUGCCUUCUGGACAUUAAACUCAGACUUGUGACCUGUGUGUUUAGUUUGCUAGAGGGACAUCGUGUAUAAAGUAAAGUAGGAAGAAGCAGAAAGAGUAGUGGCUCUUUAACAAUGUAUAUGUUCAUUUCUUACUUAAGUGAAAUGUAAUGAAUGUUUUUCCUGUA